UGCAGCUACCCUGUGUUUACCAACGAGUGCGCCAUCAAACAGAAGAAACUGAAGGUUUGCGGCUUGCUAGCGUGUGAGUAACAAUACGAGUAUCUAAGCAAUUUUCUGUGCUGUUUGGCUAUUUGAAGUCACCGUAUCUCGGUUUUGUUAGUUUCCCUUCGUUUGAUGAUCAUAUUCCGGAUGCGCAAAAAAGUACAAAUGGAUGACCUGAACGACGAGAACCUACAGAAGAAACCAGUGGUGGUUCUGACUCGACUCCCAGAGUUUACUCUCAAUGCGCUUCAGCCGCCGACGCCGCAGCAGUUCGACAGCGAAGCCGAAUCCCCGGACAGCUCCGACUCCGACAUGCUGUGGGAACCGGAGGACGAUUCGGGAGACUCGGAUUUUGGAGCCAAAAAGAAAAGUCAGCAUAGUCAUAAAAUGGCGAAUGACGUGAACGUGCCUUCACCGUUAGUGAGCAGCAAUAACAACAGCACCAGCAACAGCAGCGUCUGCAAUAACGACAUCAACAGCGGCAGCAAAGACAGCAACAAAGCUGCUGAAGCAGCCCCCAUCAUAGUGUCUGCAGCUUUUGCCAGCAACUCCAAUGAAACGAGAAAAGAGCGGCCUGAUUUUCCAGAGAUGGCCAUUGCGUUGGACAUGGUAGUCCUGGCCAGGAGGAGAGUCAUGAGGUGGCAACAAGGCAAGAUAGUCGAGAUCAUUAACAAGGACGAUGGACGAGUAAAGUACAAAGUGAUUUUUGAUGAAAAAGGGAAGAGCUUGGUAUCAGGACAUCACAUCGCAAAGAAAACCAACCCAAAGCUGGACCAACUGUACGUCGGAGCCCGAGUUUUAAUUCAGUCUCCAGAAGACGAGCAGUGCUUCCUGUCUGGACUUUUGGCUGAGCUUCCCAGCAGAAAGAAUCGCUUAAGGUUUCUGGUGUUUUUGGAUGAUCACACACCAGUUUAUGUCAGCUUACCAUCACUUUAUCUCAUUUGCAGACAAAUGGCUGAUCCUUUAGAGGACCUUAUAGAUGGUCCACACAAGUGCUUCAUGGAACAAUACUUGAGGAGUUGGCCGUAUCCACACCUAACCCACUACAAAGAGGGACAAACCCUUAAAAUAGAACUGAAUGGAGUCCAUCAGAAGUGUCAAGUUGAGUCGGUUGAUUGCAGCUUGAUGAAGGUUGUUUUUGAGGAAAAUGGGGAGACGGACUGGAUCCACCGAGGCUCCUUACGACUGGAGCAUAUGUCCAAGUUCUUGGAGUUGAAGCAAACUCCAGAACCCAAGGCAGACAAUUCUGACUCUAAAUGACCUAUACAUUUUUAGAGAAAGAAGACAUUAAAAAAAAAAAUCAUUAUGACUGUAAAUACAUGUUUCUUUCUGGCCGUUGACUUAUAUUUUGGUUCUUGACAGAGCAGAUGUAAGGUUGAAGUAUGUCAACUCAAAUUGGCAGUUAUUUCUUUUGGUCAUUCUUUUAGUUUCUGUUGAAAAGUGUAAAUACGUUUAUUCUCUACUUGUUGCAUUUUUCCAUUUUAAAUGUAUUUCCAAAUCUUUGUGCAUAGAAACCCUGCUAAUAGUAACCUGUUUAAACAAGGACAAAUAAAAAACUUUAGCCCAUUGCUCUCUGAUAAAUAUGACAAAAAAUAUUAAGCAGAACAACUUAUGUUUGAUUUGAACAUAAUAUUUAUAGUUUAAUUUUACUCCUAUUUUGAUCCUGGAACUGCUCUUAAUUGAUGCCCUCAUGCAAGUAAAGCAUUUGUCUAUAUUAAGAACGUAUAUUUCUUUUAUCCGUUUUUUUAUUUGACACUAUUUUCACAAUUUGUCAAAUAAAAUUGUGAAAAUAAUUGUUACCUGUUGCUGACGAAGCAACAGGUAACACCAAUUGCUUCUUCAGCCGUAGUGAACGUAUUUUAUUCUGUUAUUCUCACCUUUUUUUUUUUUUGCCCUAGAAAUAUUUUUGACAUUUAAAGAUUUUUUUUUUUAAAAAUGAAACUUUUCACUCAUUUCUGUUUACAACUUGGCAAAUGAUGUCCAUUCUGCCAUGUACACUGUAUUGUUUAUAAAAGGAAAAAAAUAAAAUAAUGUUUUACUAUGUGUAUUUACUUUGA